AUGAUCUCCGACGUUUUCGGGGUAUCACUCGCAUCCAGGAGCCGAUCUGCAACAAGCCGCAGCAUCAGCAGCCUGCGGCUGCGCCAUACCCAGCUGCUGCUGCGGGGCGGUGCACGCACACCACUGGAGCCACUGGAGCCCGAGAGUUUUUGGCGCUCCACUUUGCCAAACGAAACCCUCCUGCGACGACACAUUCUGAAUCCCACAGAAGGGGCCCGACGCAAAGUUCGUCUGGACUCACUGUGGAAUCAGCUCACUUUGCGGGGCAUGGAUGAGUCCUAUGCGUUGGGGCGCCGGAUCGAAACAUGGAUCUUUGAGCAUAGCCCAAAAAAUGAGGACGAGAAUGAGGAGCUUCCUACCACAGUGAUCACCUCGCCCGAUCAGCGCUCCAUUCUGACGGCUCGCGCAGUGCUGCGGGGACUCUGUGCCAAAGAUCGCGAAAGCGAUCCCAUGGCGGUGCGUUUGCGCACCAUGAGAGCUGCUUUAAGGAUAGCAGACAUUGAGGAUCUGGAGGACCUGGAGGACCUGGAGGAUGUUGCUAUGGACCUCACCGAACUGCUGGCGCUGCCUGCGGAUGCCCUGGAAGGUGCCAAGUGGCCUCGCUUGCUGGAUGCGGCCGAGACGGCGAAGCUUUUUGGCCUCGUGCCGCAGGGUGAGUUGGACAAGGCCUGGAAAGCGUGCUUGGCCAGCGCCUACCGCACUGCCCAAGUCGUCGGCAAGCGCUCACGGCCGCUGCUCAGACUGACUCUGGAACCCCCGUUGCUCAGAAAACGAGGAGCAGAGGUCAGUGAGAAGCUGCGGCUAGUGGUUCUGCCUGGUUUCUCCCUCCUCUGUUGGGCUAACGCGCUGCGCUUACCUCGUUUCGCACAGCUGUGGCCAGCACCAAGUGGCUGCUUUCUGGUCGAGACCCUGGAUGAUGAGGACGGAGGCGUCUUCCUGCGCAUUUGGAACCCACGAAAUCAUUUGGAACUGCGACCGACCUGGCACAAGGCGGAUAUGGGUUAUGGUGGGUUAAUGAUUGGUUACCCUCUGGUAAUUUAA